UUUGAUACAAAGCUUUCUUUAUAAACGCUGCGUCACAUCACUGAAUCAAAAACCCUAGCGAUACUUCAUCUCUCGAGCCGGAGCCGCGUUGCGAAAGCAUUUCAAUCGUAGUCUAAGAGAAUGUCGACAGUGGGAGAGCUCGCUUGCAGCUACGCUGUUAUGAUCCUCGAGGAUGAGGGUAUUGCUAUCACGGCUGACAAAAUCGCCACUUUGGUGAAAGCUGCUGGUGUUACCAUUGAGUCAUACUGGCCAAUGCUAUUCGCCAAGAUGGCUGAGAAACGUAAUGUCACUGAUCUCAUCAUGAACGUUGGUGCUGGUGGUGGAGGUGGUGCGCCUGUUGCAGCUGCUGCUCCUGCUGCUGGCGGUGGUGCUGCCGCUGCUGCUCCUGCUGCCGAGGAGAAGAAGAAGGACGAACCAGCAGAAGAGAGUGAUGGAGAUUUGGGUUUUGGCUUGUUCGAUUAAGUGCAUUUUACUUGUUUUUUCUUCUUCGAUUUGAGACUAUUUUUUUUUCGUAUCGAGCUAUUACUUGUUUUGGUCUGGCUGAAGAACUAUAAUUAGUUGUUUUCUGAACCAUAUGUUGUAUGACACAAGUUUUCAAGCAAACCCAUCGGCUCCUUCUUUCCUUAGAAAUGAUUUUGUCACCUCUUUUUUUUUUAAUUCAUUCGAGAUAUUAGUCUAGGCUCGUCGAAUCAGAAGAUAAAAUGAUAAAUCUUCCCAACGGAAAGGAGUUUUACGAGCUUAGUUAGACAAAAUCACUAUGGUUGAGCCCUUCCUAUUUCCUUUUCUAUUAUAUCCCUGAAGAACCAUGUGUGUGUAAAAGGUGAGUGGUUUGAACCUGCUCCGUUUGGCCAGGCGUGUGGGUUGACGAACAACAUUUUGUAUUGUUUUAAUUCAGUUUCAUCCUUUUUAAGUCGC